AACAAUUAAUCACAUUAUUAUUUACCAGCUAAACUUUAAACUGACCAAUGCUUAAGUAUUUUCUGGAAAUUCUGAUAGCUCUACUUGGAAUGUAAUUGUUCAUUGAGAUGCGCACAAUAGACUUUGUGUUUUUUAAAAGAUAGCUAGGUCAUAAAAUAUUGUGAAGUUAUAAUGAAAUUGUGUUACUGUGUAAUAGGAUGGUGAUUCAGCUUCCUCCAGUUUGAAAUAUUUUGCAAUAUUUUACUAAAUGUGUUAAUAAUAUGUACAUGUCAAUGGAUAUUUGAUGUCUGAGACAACUUAAAUUCAUCAAACAAUGGUUUUAUGUAACAAGAUAAAAAAUUCAAGUUAACUGCGGAGACAUGCAAAUGUGGAAUUAAAUUUAAGUUUAAUAGAUUGUAUAAAUACCUAUAGUAAUAGUUUUAACUGGUUUGUCACUUUCAAGUUAAUGGUUGUGUGAAUUGACAGCAUGGUAAAUUCAAGUUAAAAUUUAUAUCUGCUUAGCUAUGGAACCGUAUUCAGACUUUUUGACUGUUAAUAAGAUUUGGUGCAAACUUUAAGUUCAAAAGUGCUUCACAUUACACUUCAAAUAUUAUGAGAAUUGUUGAUAUGAAAUGCAUUUUGAGGAAAAAAAUAAAAACAUAAUACAUUGUAUGUAUUUUGCUGAUAAGCUGCAUUGUAAGGGUUUGCAAAGUGAUAAGUGACAAAACUAUUUUAAGGUUUUCAUAUGGUGAUAGCCGAUUUUACAAACACAACGACUGACAGUUGGAUAUUUGCAAACUGAUAAUAAAGAUAAUAUAUUAUUCAAAAAAUGAUGUGGAAAAACAUGUUUUGAAAUUAGGAAGUUAAUUCAUAUAAGAUAUGUUUACUGUGUUGCAAAAAAUGAAAUGAAAGUCAUGGAAUAUGUGUUUGAGGCUUUUGGAAUACCUGCAACAUAAAUGAAACUUCAAAUGGAUAUAGAAUUUAUGAUUGUACGGAAGUAAAAAAUUGCUGACAGUUAGUGAAAAGACAAAGUCAAACAGAAUGAUGGAAUUAUUGAGUGUGGAUAAGACAAUGGUUGAUGUGAUUCCUGCAGACACAGACGACGUCCCGUCAAAGUUUUUGGAAGAGACGUGGGAACUUCCGUUUCAAGAGGAAUGUGAUGAAAUGGACCUUCCUGAUUCUGAUCCAUCUGUUAUUGUUGUGAAUGAACCUGAAAUUCUUGCCGAUUUAUUCAGCCAAAAAUUGCAUGGUUUUGAUAAGGAGGAAAACAUUAAAACUGAACAGCAACAAUACCAGUGUCGUAAAUUUUUCAAAAAAAUGAGGAUGGAGGUUAAUGAAAGACUAAUGUCGGACAGUGAUUCGUCGAGGUCGUCUGCGACAGAAAUGGAAACGGACAGUGACGAAGGCUGUUACCAUGUUCUACGAGAAGCUCGAAGAUUAAGAAAGAAGAUGAUGCGCAGACGAAGAGUGGAAACGUGUGAACAACAGCAGAAAAAUGGGCGACAGUUAGCUGCAGAAGCUUUACUGUGCAUGGAAUCGCCGAGCACAAGUUCUGAAAGUAAAACAUUUCUCCAGGGAAUUCUUCAGCAGCAACAGACAAAUGUAUUGCCUCCAAGUCCAGCUGACAGUGACAGUGGUGUUUCAAGUGAUCUGGAGUCAACACCAGAAGACAAACUACGCUUACAAGCAUACUUGACCUCACAUCAUUCUUCAGGAAGAGAUCAGUCACCAAACAGAGGCUUUGUCCCAUCUUUCUGCCAACCCCCACCUGCUCAUCAACCACUUCCAGCACAUUUCAACACAGCAACACACGUAGCGAUGAGACCAGAUGUUUACAAAAGCCAUACCAGUCCUCUCCAUACAUCACCAUCAGGCUUCCCAUUCAUGUCCGAGUCUGACUCCGGAACGUCAUCCACCACGCCUCCUUCAUCCCCGCUCAGAUAUAAAAGUAAAAAAGGUCGGAAACCAAAGUUGCCAGAAUAUCAUCAACAGCUCAAUCAACCAAAACGAAAAAGAGAAAGUAGUACAACAUACUUAUGGGAGUUCUUGUUACAGUUGCUACAAAACAGAGAAACAUGUCCACGUUACAUUAAAUGGACAAAUCGGGAAAAGGGAAUAUUCAAACUUGUCGAUUCAAAAGCAGUUUCAAAGCUUUGGGGUCUGCACAAAAAUAAACCAGACAUGAAUUAUGAAACAAUGGGCAGAGCCUUAAGAUACUACUACGCUAGGGGAAUCUUAAAUAAAGUAGAUGGUCAACGACUGGUAUAUCAGUUUGCAGAAGUCCCGAAACAGAUCAUAGAAAUAGAUUGCACAAAUGCAUAGUGAAAAAUAGUGGAGAUAAAAUCUCAACUCUGAAUUUCAUGUGAUAUGUGUCGUUUUGUGCACAGAAUAUUUUAGUCACAUGACCUGGUCAUGUGAUAAUGUUGAUCAUAUGAUCUGGACAAAAAAAAAUUGAAGAUAAAUUCAGGUUUCAUUUGCUAGUCAAAUCUCAAGGAUAGGCUGUAACCUGCCCGAACACUAGAGAGUGAAAGAAGGGAGAGCACUGGACACACUAAAUUUUAUUUGUGUGAGGAGAGUUACCUGUCCUGUGCAAUGUAAGUACUGGCCCAGCAAAACUGACAAAAGUGGACUACGACUGGCCUAAUUAUCUACGGGAAAGUUGGAUAUACUGUUUGCAUAUACAGUGCAGCAUGACAACAUGAACGUGUCUUUAGAUUUGAAUUAAAGAUCUGUUUUGUUUGCUACUGAGCAACAUAAAGAGAGUGAGAACAGAAGAAAUUUGUCAGGGAUAACAGUAUUGUUAAGAGUGUUAAAUGAUUCACCAUUUUGAUAAAACAUUGGUAUUUUUGUAAAAUCAAAUGGCUUUUGUUUCAUUCAAGUUAACAUUUCUCAUAAAGCUUGUUUAUGGUAUAAUGUUUUGCUAAAACAUAAAAUGUAUGCUUUAGUUAGCAUUAUAAUGUUUAUUACGUAUUCAUGGCCGUGGUUUGUGGUGAAAAAGAAAUGUUUUGAAGAUAAAAGUCAUUCAUCAAGCCUGUUUAUAGUGACAGUUAAGUUUAAUUAUAUUUUAUUGCUGGUUAUACAUGUGAAUGAAUACAUAAGGUUGCAGCAAAAUGAAAUGAAAACGAGAUGGGGGGUGCAAGUUUUGUCAGCAUCAAGUGGGCAGCUUUCACAAGAAGCCAUGUAACAACAUGAAGUAUUUGAGUUCAGAAAGCCAUUUAUUGUAUAGUUACUUUAACAAUGUAGAGACUUAUUGCAUGUAAAGGUCGUAUAAAUUCUCAUUAUGAUGUGCCAUGUACAGUGUGUCGCUGUAGUUCUUGUAUAAAUGUAAACCUCUAUCUUAUUUCAAAUGUACAUACAUUUAAAGUUCACUCCCCAAAGAGACCUGGCCUCGAGGCCGUACAAGAAUGUGGAGUCAGCUUUAAAAUGAUUAUGUCUUUUAAAGUUCAAGGUACUUACAAGAAAAAGAUUUUUGUUUUUCAUAUUUUAAGAUGCAUCAAAAUGAUUUCUUCCUUUGAGGAGAUUGGAAAUUUUCAACAAAAAAGUGAUAAAAAUUAUUUUGUUUUGCAUUGUUUCUAGAGUUUAUAACUUUGUAAGAAAUUGAAAAACAGUUAAAUCAUUUAACAUGCUUGCUCUGCUUUGACUCAUCAAAUAUCAGAAGUUUAUAAACAUAUCAGUAUGAAUUGAUUACCAUUUAAUAAAUUAAUAGUACAAAAAAAAUAUAAUUUAGUUUGAAUGCAUAUGAAUUAGAGAAAAAUUGGUUUGACUGAAAUGUAAGAGAAUUAUUUGAUUGUAAGAAUAGUGAAGGGGCUUAUCUCUGUGUUUAUGUUGAAAUGAGCCGUGCCAUGGGAAAACCAACAUAGUGGGUGUGCGACCAGCAUGGAUCCAGACCAGCCUGCGCAUCCGCGCAGUCUGGUCAGGAUCCAUGCUGUUCGCUAACAGUUUCUCCAAUUCCAAUAGGCUUUAAAAGCGAACAGCAUGGAGCCUGACCAGACUGCGCGGAUGCGCAGGCUGGUCUGGAUCCAUGCUGGUCGCAAACCCACUAUGUUGGUUUUCACAUGGCACGGCUCAAAUUCUUCUUACAUGUUUGUUGUAAAGGGAAAAGAUGGAAAUGGCAUGAUCCUGGGAGUUUUGUGCAGUGCAAUUAGAAAAAAAAUAACAUUUGAGCCAUGCCAUGGGAAAACCAACAUAGUGGCUUUGCGACCAGCAUGGAUCCAGACCAGUCUGGUCAGGAUCUGUGCUGUUCGCUAACAGUUUCUCUAAUUGCAAUAGACUUUGAAAGCAAACAGCAUGGAUCCUGACCAGACUGCGCAGAUGCGCAGGCUGGUCUGGAUCCAUGCUGAUCGCGAACCCACCAUGUUGAUUUUUUCAUGGCGCGGCUCAUUUUAUAAUGGAUAGAAAAUAUUACUUCAGCUCUGCUUGUCUUGGGGUAAAGUUCUGAUGAAAAAUAGUAGUAUGUAAAGCUGACAGCAAAAUCGUAUUCCUUUAUGUUUGUUUAAGUUAUGAUAUUUUGACUUUAAUUUAGAGACAAGUCCUUUAAUUGUAUGGUGUAAGCAGAUCUUUGUCUGCAAUUCAUAGCUCUCAAGUGCUAUUAUUUUCAUUUUGACAUUCAUUACUGUUUCACAGUUUGUUUGAGUGAUAUAAACAUUUUUUGUGUCUGAUUUGUCAAAACACAAGGACUUGUAUAUCCCACCCACAUUCCAAAGUUGGGCCAACUUGCUCACAAAUGUAUAAAUUUCCAUAUUCCAUUGACCACAGACCACUGACCACUGACCAUGUUGUAUAUUAUAUAUAUAUGGUAUUCCCUCAGGUUUUUACGAAAAUCACUUUUUGAGAAUGAGAAAUGGUUUGCAUAUUAUUUUUGUAUUUUUCAUGUGAUGGGCGAUAAUGUUUAUGUUACUGUUAUGUGGCUUACACUUACAGAUUAUUAUAAAUGUGCUAUGGUUUUUUUUUUGAUUGAUUAUGCUGUUUUAUGUUUAUUCAUGUGGUGAUUUAAAUAAGUUUUAACCUUUACCCUGCUAAAUUUCUAAAAUGGACUGGUCCAUCUAUCAGUUUGGGCAGUACCAACUAUUAUUCAAAGGGGUGUUCACUGGAAAUUUACUGACUGAAUACUGAACAAUGCAGAACAUGAUCAGCCUGUACAUCUGUACAGGCUGAUCUUGGUCUGCACUUCUUGCAAAAGUAAAAUCACUUAAACGCAAGCAGGCUAAAGAGUCAUUAAAAGCACAAAGAAUGAAAAGUUCAUCUUUGAAAGAAUUGUUGAAAAAUUUCGUAUGGUAUUGGUUUAAAUGAGGCAGGUUUUAAGAAAAAUAAAUUUGGCAGCUUUUUAAUUUCUGGUCCCCUUUGGUUUCAGCAUCUUCAUUUCAAUAUACAUCCUGUGUCUAAAGUUUGUACAUAACUGAACUGAUUAAAGGAAAAAAAGAUGCACCUCAGUGAACAAGAUUUAUUUUCUUUGAAGUGAAAACAUAGGCUUAACAAAUACUCUACUCUCCCUUGGCAUUUGCUGUGAUAAUGAAAUAUGAAUUUAAAUACUCUGAAAGCUUUGACCAAGGUGAGGCUUUGUGUAUAGAAGUGAGGCUUUAUCCAUUUGUAUUUGUCUAAAGAUGUUUUUAUCCAAAGUGAGACUUUGUCUAACAUUGUCUAAGGUAUGGCUUUAAAUCUAACAUGUUAUUUUGAGGAGCUUGACUUUGCCUAAAACAAGGCUUUAUGAAAUUUGAGGCUUUGUUUAAAAGUGAUGUUUUAAGUGAGACUUUGUCAAAGCUUUUAUUUGGAGUGAAGCUUUAUUCUGUCAUAGUACAUGUAUAAGGGAGUAUAUUCUUCCAUUAUAUUCAUGUGGAACAUUUGUUAUGUAAUACCCAUUCCAAACCUUGGGACCCAUAUUUCAUUCCAGUUUCUCCGAGGUCAGACUGAUAUAAUAAUAAUUUAUUUUCAUCUGGAGACAGGCAGCAGCAUGCUUGUGUCUUUGUAGUAUGGAGAUGAACCUUUUUUUUUAUUUGAGAUAUGAAGAAGUCGGUCUGAUUUUGUUUUGUUGUUUUUUUUUAAGACAGAAGAUUUUGAAAUACUUUGUUUUUAGAUCGUUUUUUUUUUUUGUUGUUGAUAUUUUCUCAUUUUCUUAGGCUUAAAAGUUGACAUGCAAUUGAAACAAUUUGUUCAAAUUUUGAAAUUAAAUCUGACAGUAUUUUUAUUUUUCAUUUUAAUGAAAAAUCUGCUCAUAGAGAGUGCCUUAAUGAAUUAUGUUUAGUGAAAAAUGGUGUUUUGAGUAUUUUUCAAGGCUAAUUAGUAUAUUUUCACAUUUAAUAUCCAUGUUGUUAUAGUAAUAGAUGAAAGUCAGUUUUUGGAACUUAAAAUAUUGAAAGAAGACUACCUGAAUACCAUAUUAAGCCUAUCUAGGCUAUAAAUCCCGUUACUAUAAAGAAAAUGAUUUUGGACAAAAUAUCUCUAAAAAAAUGUUUUAAGCUUGUUUUUGUUUUAGACCUUGUCAAAAGACAUAAGUUAUGGUGAUGGGUAAUCCAAGAAAUUAAAAAAAGAAAAAUUGUUUUCCUAAUUCUGACACAUAUAGAUGCUGAUAAUAAAGAUUGUAUAAAAAUGUUUAAUGUGCUCCACUGAAUGGUUUAGUCUGUGCAGUAGACAUCUGUUGGAAACCCCCAAAAUAUUAAAUGAUUUAUCAGUGUAUGAUAGAAUUUUGUGUUACAUAUAUAUUGAAAUGCAUAAUUAUGUAUGCCAAAAUGUGGCCAGUGUUUUCUCAGUGUUCUUCUUAAACCUGCUUGAGUUCCUUGUAUUUGUGUGUAACAUACCUGUCUCUUGAUAAUGUAUAUAGUUACACCUGUAUUUAUUGCAGAGGUAAUUUUUGUAAGAUACCUUUCUGUCAUAUACAUUAUACUUACAAAACAAGCUCUUCAAACAUUACAAUACCAUCAGCAGCCAUAAAAAAGGUGAUUGAAAAAGUGUUAUGAAGGACUAGAGGAAAUACAAAUAUUUUUAAGGUCCUAAUUACAAAGCAGGAGGUUUACAGUUUCGAUACACUUUAAAGGGGCAGUCUGCCAGACAUAUGUGAAUUGUUUUUAUUAAAAAGUUAUUUCAUAUCUUUAUAAUUGUAAGUAAAAAGUGGGAAAAAAUCAUUUAGUUCUGGACAGUAAGUAGAUACAAAACACUCGCAUAGUCUGUAACUUGUAUAGGAAAGCUAUCUUCAGUGUUAGAUAGAUGGUAAAGACCAGAUGUGAACAUAGAAAAAAACUUGGCUGUACUUUGUAUCACAUUCAUAUGAUAUCACCCGAAAAAGUACUGAUUUGAGAUUAGUGAUACUUUACAGUUAUAGUUUUUAUUUCAAUAAGGUCACAUAAAAGCAAAGACCUGCCCCUUUAAAUUUCGGAGAUAGUUUUUUACACCCUUAAUUGUAGGAAAUAGCUACUGUUUUCCUGGAGAUUAACUUAAAGCAAUACAUGAUAAGUUGCCUUAGUGCAAGAAGUAAUUAAGUGUUUAUACAGUGAAACCUGCAGUGAAACUGCACUUGGGAGACCGAGAAUGUGGUCUCUGUUUACAGAUGCUCAUUAUUUGCAGUUUGAUUUACAUGGAAAAUGUAAUGGAAAAAACAAGUUGUCUAACAGGUUAGAUUGUAUAUCGUACUAUUUAUACUUCUUUGCACAGGCAUGACUGUAUCAAAAUUUCCAUGGGCAUUAUAUUUUAUCUUUGUAUAUGCAUAUUGAUUGAAGUACUAAAAAGUGCCUAGUUAUAAUGCUGUAGAUUAAGUGACUUUUGUAUCAAUUUUUAUUUUGUUAUUUGAUAGACCAUAGGCCAUAUUCCUGUUGCUAAGAUGCUACACUUGCUGUCUAGUAUUUUGUAUAGAGAUAGAGACAUUUUGUUUUCUGAAUUGUAUGGGUGCCUCUAUUUGUAGUUUUUCUUUUCUUUAUUUCAAUAAGCCUCUGAAAACUUCAAAAGUCAGUUUGGUACUGUUCAGCCAUACACAUUCAAUAUGUGCAUUUGCACAUGUUAAACAAUAUCUGAAGUAUUAAAAGUAGAUGUACAUGUAGCAAGCAAAACACUUAAAUUUAUUACACAGGUUUUAGCAGACAUUUGUCAUUAUUUAUACAUAUUUACAUCACACACAUGUACGCAUAAAAGUACAAAAGGACAAAUGCUUCUUCAUGUACACAGCUUGUUUUAAAUUUUCAAGUAGCUCUUUUUAGCUCACCUGAGCAAUGCUCAGGUGAGUUUUUGUGAUCGCUCGAUGUCCGGCGUCUGUCUGUCGUCUGUCAACAUUUAGCUUGUGUAUGCGAUAGAGGCUGUAUUUUUCAACUGAUCUUCAUGAAAUUUGGUCAGAAUGAUUAUCUUGAUAAAAUCUAGACCAAGUUCGAAAAUGGGUCAUCUGGGGUCAAAAACUAGGUCACUAGGUCAAAUCAAAGAAAAACCUUGUGUAUGCAAUAGAGGCUGUAUUUUUCAAUUAAUCUUCAUGAAUUUUGGUCAGAAUGAUUAUCUUGAUGAAAUCUAGGCUGAAUAUAAAUAUGGGUCAUCUGGGGUCAAAAACUAGGUCACUAGGUCAAAUAAAAAAAAAAAACCUUGUGUACGCGAUAGAGGCUGUAUUUUUCAAUUAAUCUUCAUGAAUUUUGCUCAGAAUGAUUACCUUGAUGAAAUCUAGGCUGAGUUUGAAAAUGGGUCAUCUGGGGUCAAAAACUAGGUCACUAGGUCAAAUCAAAGUAAAACCUUGUGUAUGCGAUAGAGGCUGUAUUUUUCAAUUAAUCUUCAUGAAUUUUGAUCAGAAUGAUUACCUUGAUAAAAUCUAGGCCAAGUUCAAAAAUGGGUUAUCUGGGGUAAAAAACUAGGUCACUUGGUCAAAUCAAAGAAAAACCUUGUGUAUGUGAUAGAGGCUGUAUUUUUCAAUUAAUCUUCAUGAAUUUUGGUGAGAAUGAUUACAUUGAUAAAAUAUAGGACAAGUUCGAAAAUGUGUCAUCUGUGGUCAAAAACUAGGUCACUAGGUCAAAUCAAAGAAAAACCUUGUGUAUGUGAUAGAGGCUGUAUUUUUCAAUUAAUCUUCAUGAGUUUUGGUCAGAAUGAUUGCCUUGAUGAAAUCUAGGUCAGAUUUGAAUAUGGGUCAUCUGGGGUCAAAAACUAGGUCACUAGGUAAAAUCAAAGGAAACGCUUGUAUAUGCGAUAGAGGCUGUUUCUUUCAAUUGAUCUUCCUGAAAUGAGGUCAAAAUGAUUACCUUAAUGAAAUCUAGGCCAAAUUUGAAAAUGGGUCAUCUUGGGUCAAAAAGUAGAUCACUAGGUCAAAUCAAAGAAAAACCUUGUGUAUGUGAUAGAGGCUAUAUUUUUCAAUUGAUCUUCAUGAAAUUUGGUCAGAAUGAUAGCCUUGAUGAAAUCUAGGUCAAGUUCGAAUAUGGGUCAUCUGGAGUCAAAAACUAGGUCUUUAGGUCAAAUCAAAGAAUAUGUACUUAUACUCAAUAUUAUUGCUCCAAUUUUAAUGAUAAUUGGUCAGAAUAUUUUUUUCCAUGAAAUCACUAGGUCAAACAUGUUUACUCCGUUUAAUAUGCUGUGUUAUAGUGUGUUUCUCAGGUGAGCGGCCUAGGGCCAUCUUGGCCCUCUUGUUUUUUACAAAUGUUAGUGAAAACAAAACUGUCUAUAAUAGUAUCCAGUCUACAGUUGCUUGUUUUGUCAUAAAAUAGCUUUUCUUAUAUUUUUCUGACAUAUUUUAUGAAAUAUGGAAAACAAAUACUGAUUUGAUAUUAUUUAUAUGUUGAUACUGGAAAAUCUGUAAAUAAUUUACAAGUUACAUAUGUAAUAAGUGGAAAAUGAAAUGUUUUUUUUUCUUUUUCGUUGUACGAAAUGUGAUGUUUGUUUUGUUGUUGUUGAAGAAGCAACAUUUAAACAUUAAUGAUAUAAACUCAUUCAGCCAACUUGUAUGAGGAUACUUGUGUGCCUAGCCAAAUAGUUAAUACUUUUUUUGCCUUAUUAUAAUCAUUUAUGGUGCAGAAGGCCUAUGUAUGAAUAAACUAAAAAAAAAAAAACUUCACUAAACACUAGGGGGCUCCAUGGCAGAGUAGAUAAGGUCACAUACUUUGAAUUACUUGCUACUCACUGAUGUGGGUUCAAAACCUCGUAUGGGGUGUAGAAUGCUUCAUGUGAUGAAGCCAUCCAGUUGGCUUGGGGAAAGUUGGUUGUUCAACCCUUGUUCCCGCUCAUGCCUGAAAAAAAUGCUGGCAGCAGGGGUCUUCCUUCAAAAUCAGAAAAGCCACCAUAUGACCUAAGUUGUGUUCAUUUGCUGUAAACCAAACAAACACUUACAGAAUGCAGCUCAUUCUUAUUUCCGCCAAAAAAAUGGGGGUGAAUAUCAAAAGUUGGGUUUACAUUUAUACUAUAUGCUAUGAAUCGUUCUACUUAAAAAAAAACAACAAAUUUUGUAAUUAGACAUACUUAAGGAAUCUUUGCUAUCAUUGCUACUUUCAAGUAUGGUCGGGAACAAAACGAAUGUUGCCAGAAUGACAUAUGAAUAUUAUUAGUUGGGUAUAUUUCAAGCUUUAAAAACUAAGAUUUGAAUAAAAAAAAUUUAGUAUUUAAUAUCUGAAGUGCUUAAAAAGUGCUGAAAGAGAAGUACAAUUAGUCACCGUAGCUUAACUUUGGAUAAGUUCUGCUUUAUGUUAGAGUUGAGUGUUCAUGAACACAUGUACCAUGUACAAUUUUAUUCCUACUUGCCACUAAUUAGAAUUUUAGUAAUGUCAGAAUGAGUUUAUUCAGUAAGCACAUUUUCAUCACUUCAGGGCAAAAGUGGCUAACUGCAUCCACAUAUAAUUCAGCAGUUAACCACUUUUUCCUGAGAAGAUUUGUAAUCAGAGACAUCACAGAAUACAGUAAACAUUACAGAGCAUUAACUGUGCAAACAUUUGAAUUAGACUGAUAUCUACUAGCCAUACAUUUGUGAGUUUUCCACUUAUAUUCGCCACAUGAUUAUAGCUCCUUACUUUGUUAUAAGUUAUGUCUGACCAUAUAUUUAUUGUUAAUGUAUAUAUAUUUCAUUGAAAAAAAAUCACUCCCAAAUGUACUAAAAAUAAAAAUGUUAGUUGAAUAUUUUUACAAUCA